AUGUCAGAUUCUCUGAAUAUUCUAACAGUCAUCAUUGCCUUGGUUGGCCUGGCAGGAAAUGCCAUAGUGCUGUGGCUUCUAGGCUUCAGGAUGCACAGGAAUGCCUUCUCUGUCUACAUCCUCAACCUGGCUGGGGCUGACUUCCUCAUCCUCAGCUUCCAGAUUCUGAAUUCUGUGAGAGUCAUUGAUUAUGAAGUACACCAAAUCUACAUCGAUGUCUCCGACUAUUGGGCAAUUUUGUUCAAUUUUGCUUACCUUGCAGGUCUGAGCAUGCUCAGUGCCAUGAGCACUGAGCGCUGUCUGUCUGUUAUGUGUCCCAUCUGGUAUCGAUGCCAUCGCCCAAGACAUACAUCAGCUGUCAUGUGUGCCCUGCUCUGGGCCUUGUCCCUGCUGUUGAACCUGCUAGAAGGGGAGGCAUGUGGCUUCCUCUUUCAUGAUAUUCAUCCUCAUUGGUGUCAGAAAUUAGAUUUAAUCACAUUUGCUUGGUUAACUGUUUUAUUUGUGGUCCUUUCAGGGUCCAGCCUGGCCCUGUUGGUGAAGAUUUUCUGUGGUUCUCAAAGGUUGCUAGUGACCAGGUUGUAUGUGACCAUUGCCUUCACAGUGCUGGUCUUCUUCAUCUUUGGCUUGCCAUAUGGAAUCAACUGGUUCUUCUUAUAUUGGACUGUGGAGAUGGAUGAAGUUUUCCCUUGCAAUGUUUCUGAAAUAACAGUAUUCCUGUCCUCUGUUAACAGCUGUGCCAACCCCAUCAUUUACUUCCUCGUUGGCUCCAUUAGGUACCGCAGAUUCCAGAAGAAGACUCUGAAAGUGAUUCUUCAGAGAGCCCUGAAGGACACACCUGAGGAAGAAGGAGUGAUUCAGGGUUCUUCAGGAAAAUCUGGGUAA